AUGGAGACCCUUGUGCUCAAGUCGCUGAGCAAGUUGCGUCAAGCGUGUACCCGCAGCCAUCGCGAGGUACGCGACACGAUCGACCGCGCGCACGCGAAGGUUACGCAGGGGAGCGCACAGGGGGGUACACUCGACGUACCCUUCGAGCCCUUCCUGCUCGCUUGUCUCACGCGCUCGGCAAAGCUCGUAGCCGUGGCGCUCGACUGCCUCGAGAAGUUCCUGGCCUUUGGGUACCUCCGGGAAGCCGGUGUAGCCAUCUCGGCGGGCGUGCGGCGACGCCUCGUGCAGCGAGCGGCCGCAGCAGCGUCGUCGUCGUCCUCGGGUGCUGGCCGCCGACCUGGAUUUGGCUUGGGAUCAGGGACAGGGGCUAAGCACGGGACCAAUGGGACGAACAGUGGGCUGAGUGCGGCCCUAACUGCCACGCCGCUGAGCAGCGAUUGCAACGUCAUGGACGGACAAGGAGCGCAGGGAGGCAGUGCUGGCAGUGGUGACGAGAGCGUGCGGGUGAUUGACUGCAUUGUCGACGUUGCGUGCGACUGCAACGACCAUCCAGACGACAAUGUGCAGAUUCAGGUGUUGCGGGUGCUGCUCACGGCCGUGACGACGCCGACGUGUGAAGUGCAUGAACAGACGCUUUUGCGAGCAGUGCGGGCGUGUUACCACGUGCACUUGGUGAGCAAGAGCGCGAUGAACCGGACAGUCGCGAAAGCCACGCUGCAGCAGAUUUUGAGCAUUGUGUUUCAGCGGAUGGAGACGUUUGAUCGACGUGUGGAACAAGAGACGAGUGUGACGUUGCUGGCGUCGCUACAGCAACAGGAACUCGAGCGACAAAGACGGCAUGGAAAGGAAGAGAAAGAGCACGAACAAGAGGACGUAGAGCAAGGCGUAGAUGCUACACGUGAUGUCGAUCGAGACACGAUCGGUCAGCUGCAGCGCGUCGAGACAAUGGCUGCUAUGUACCCGUCAGUUUCAGCAGUGCUUCAGCUUCCGUACGGACCGGCACGCUCAAAAAGGCCUGCAAUCUCAUCCGCAACGACAAGCGAAACCGUCGAGAUGGCGUCGUCUCGAUCGCAGCAAGCUGCGUUUUCUGCAGCUUUUCCGUCUGUGCUUCACAAGGACGCCUUUCUGCUGUUUCGAUCGCUUUGUCGAAUUUCUAUGCGGUCGGUGGCUGAUGAUUCUCCGACAGCAACUGACGUCAGCACCUCCGCGACUGGAAAGACAGGAGAUGGUGCCAAUCCCGAAGACCCUUUUGCAUUUCAAAGCAUGAUCCUGUCGCUGGAGCUGGUAAAAGACGUUUUGCAGAAUGCCGGUCCAUCGUUUCGACAAGGAGACUGGUCUGUGCAUGUCAUACGGCAAUAUCUUUGUCAAUCGCUGCUGCAAAACUGCACGAGCAACUACACGAAGAUCGUGUCGUUGUCACUGCAAGUUUUCUUGGUCUUGCUGCAUAACUUCAAGCGCCAUUUGAAAACUGAGUUGGACAUUUUCAUCACAAGUGUUUUUCUGCGCUUGCUGCAGUCCGAGAACGCCAGCUUUGAACACAAACUGCUCGUGCUGGAAGCUUUGCGAGCCAUAUGUGAUGACCCGUCGACUAUAGGCGAGAUCUUUCUCAAUUACGAUUGCGACUGGAAUCAUAAUGACUUGUUCAAGCAAAUCGUGCACGCGCUUGCCAAGACGGCGAAGGGCGGUUGCUAUCAAGACGCUGCAGCACAACAGUACGCUGCCAGCCUGUCGAACAGCGCGCGGAUAAAGAUGCUGCAGCAGGAUGCGGCUCUCGCUCUGAAGGGUCUUGAAUGCCUCACAGCCACUGCUGCAUCGUUGAAAAAGGCCGCAAAUUUUGUCGAGAUUGAACGACAAUUCUCUUCUCAGCGUGAUGAGAACGAGAAGUCCCCCGAGGACGAAAACGGUGAGGACGAAGACAACGUUGCCCCGCCAGACUUGGUUCCAAUCAUAUCGUCCACUAUGUCGGCAGUCGAGGCUUUUAAGAGCAAGAAGAAGCGCCAGGAAGAAAUGGCCACGGGAAUCCUCAAAUUUAAUGUGAAGCCUAGUGCCGGUAUCGCGUAUCUUGUUGCUCACGGACACAUGGGAGAAGGCUCGCCGCGUGAUGUUGCUGCGUUUUUACACGCACACAAUAACAAGCUGGACAAAACGAUGGUAGGCGACUACCUCGGCAAUGGCGUCCAUUAUCAGGGAGGAUUCUGUGUGCAAGUACUGCACGAAUAUGUGGAUAUGAUGGAAUUCGCAGGCCUGGAGAUUGAUGUAGCUAUUCGCCAUUUUCUUGCUGGUUUUCGCCUGCCCGGCGAAUCACAGAAGAUCGAUCGUAUGAUGGAAAAGUUUGCCGAGCGGUUCUUCAGUUCGUGUCCACCUGGAUUAUUCCCCAGCGCAGACACAGCUUUCAUCCUCGCAUUCUCUAUAAUUAUGCUGCAAACCGAUCUGCACAACCCGAGUAUCGCAGAAGAGAAGAAGAUGGACAAAGCUGGAUUUCUGCGCAAUAACCGUGGUAUCAACGAUGGGAAGGACUUGCCCGAAGAAUACAUGAGCGCGAUCUUCGAUCGUAUAAAGGCGACACCUAUUUCCCUGAAGGAAGACGACGACUUUCGCGGUCGUCGUGGUGGCGCAUCUACUGCUGCGAGCUCUCUGUUUGGAGCUUCGGGUGCAGCUACCGACCGUUUACGCCGCGACGCUUACAUCAAAGAGCGUCAGUCGAUGGUGCGCCAGUCUGAGGCUCUUUUUAAGCGUCGUGCACCGCCAUCAUCGCGCGAGCAACGACAGCUUUCCUCUCGCAGCGGUCAGCUCAGUGCUUCUACCACGCCAAGCUCCCCUGCCUCUUCCACAUUACAACAAAAUAGCGGGGCUGCGUCGACUCUUACAACGCCAGAUCCGUCGCUAUCCACGUUUCAGGAAGUCUCGGGGUAUACUGAGCGUUCCCACGUCCGCCCUAUGUUUGAUACGCUCUGGGCCCCGCUGUUGGCGGUAUGCUCGGUGACGUUCGAAAGCUCCGAGUCAGCAGAGGCCAUUCAGCUUUGUCUGGAUUCAUUUCGACACGCUGUGCAUCUCUCUGCUAGACUAGAUAUGCCAGAGGAGCGGAAUGCGUUCGUGAUGGUGCUGGCCAAGUUUACUGCACUGCAUACGACGCACUCACGCUUGAUGCGUUCGAAGAAUAUGGAGGCUAUCAAGGCUCUGAUCUCAAUCAGUGUGAAGGAGGGAAACUACCUCAGCGAUUCAUGGCACGACGUCCUCCAGGCCAUAUCUCAGCUGGCUUGGAUUCAAACACAUGCACAGAGCUUGCGCGAGCACCCAGCAUCCGGGUCUGUUGCCGGUGAUAGACCCUACACCAACCGAGAGCCUUCGCCUGGCGUGGGCAACCUGUCUAGCUCACGCAGCAAUAGCGGAAAUAUUGCACCGUCGUUUAGCAUGCGCGGAUCUUCAGCGAGCAGUAAGCGUGGUGGACCAGGAACAUCACGGUUAUCUCCAUCGUUCUCUUACCGUGAUACGGGCGGCCGUGGAAACGGCUCUGAGCCUGAUGAAGGCCAGAUUGAAGACGAGAAUGCGGCACGUGUGCUGAACGAGAUUGACCAGCUAGCAAGUGAUCGCGUGUUUUCGAGCUCUGUAUUGCUCAGUGACCAAGCUCUGCAGCAGUUUGUCGUGCAACUCACCGUUGUAUCACUGUCAGAGUGCUCUGGCAUCGGGUCGUCUGGGGCCGCAGGCGGCUCUCCUCCGCGUGUCUUUAGCUUGCAAAAGCUUGUCGAAGUAGCCGAUAUGAAUAUGCGAACACGCUCUCGUAUGGUGUGGGCAGCGACAUGGCAGACUUUGUCGAGGCACUUCACCACGAUCGGAUGCCAUGAGGACUUGACUGUUGGUAUGUACGCUAUCGAUUCGCUACGCCAGCUUAGCGUCAAGUUUCUUGAGCGAACCGAGCUUCGCGACUUUAAUUUCCAGCGUCUAUUCUUGGCGCCAUUCGAAGUGAUCAUGUCAAAUGCUACGUCGCUGGAAACGCGUGAACUGAUACUGCGCUGCGUGGAAAACCUGGUGCUUGCUCGAGUCAGCAAUAUUCGUUCCGGAUGGAAAACAAUAUGGGGUGUGCUUCGUGUAGCUGCCGAGACGUAUGCACCAGGUAGUGAAGACCGAGUGGUGCUUCUGGGAUUUCAAGUCGCGCGCGGCGUGCUAGAGCGUCACUUUGCUUGCACUGUCGAUGUGUUCAUCGACGUAGUCGACUGUCUUGUUGCUUUUGCAGUUUGCGGUUGUGAGGAGGUUGAGCGCCACAUGGAAGAGCGACUUACGCUCACACAGCUUGGAGUAGACAGUAUUGGGCUUUUGCGUAGCGUCUGCAUCGAAAGGUUAGCGACUGGAGGGAUGAUUGAGCCACUGACUGGUCGUGAGACGACGGGGUCGUUUUCAGCUUCUUCGGCGCCCGCUGCUGUUGCUGUUGUGACGAAGCAGACUGUUCUUCUCGACUGCGAGAAAGUCAGGGUAGUAGUGGAGGAUCCUACGGAUGACACCAGCUGUGCUUCGGUGGAGUAUCAGAGACAGGAAGCCGAGCUUUCGUUGGAAACAGAGGUGACCGAGUUGUCCUCGCGCGAGGUGCCGCCGGCUGCUUUGCCAGUAUCAUCGCAUCGCCGGGGAGAUGAUUUUGCCGAGACGAUGGAGGAAACGUGUCUUGAAUCCAGCGAAAUAGCGGUCGACGACUCAAUUGCACAUACACGGAUGUUGUGGCCUGCGCUGACAGCGCUAUCCACGCUUGCUGCUGAUCGUCGACUAGACGUGCGUCUCGCAGCACUGGAAGUACUGUUCGACGCGCUCGAGACUCAUGGCAAGAAAUUUUCACGGGGUCUGUGGAAAUCGAUCUUCAAAGACAUCCUUAUCCCACUUCUGUUUCAGCUGCGCCACCUCGAGGUGUUUUUGGAGAAGGGCGCACACCCGUUGCCGAAGCUGCCGUUACCAGUGAGGCGUAAUUUGGGUAGUCAGAUGCCUCGUUACACUGCUGGUAAAACGACCGCUACGCUGUGCCUCGAGCGACUGCUUCAGUGCUUCGGCCUUUUUUACGACAUUGUGGGCUUUCUGCCGGAAGUUCUGUUCUUACUUGGCAAGUUCAUGGAUGCCGGCGAUACCGAAGAGCAGCUUGCAACAGCGUCAGCAAGUGCACUCGAGAUCACGCUGACCACAUAUGGACACAAAUUUUCUACGAGCGAUUGUGGCCUCAUUGUUGACGAAGUGUGCAAUGCUAUGAAGCGCGCGGAACCGACGUGGAUAUUUGCUGUCUUGCCUCCUACGCACGACGCCGAAACAGCUUCUGCUUCUGAGCCCGACGUCACAUCUAGCGCCGAAAGCUCUGCGAAAGAGAGAGUGCCGUUGUCGCCCGCAUCACAUCCAUCUGCAGUAGCAUUCGAUGCCUCUUCGUCACCCCACCAGCCUUCGCUUUUAGGGAUGUAUCCUGGGGUCGUGGCAACACUGGGCUUCUCGUUCGCUGCAAGCUUUACACGCAAGAUGAUCGGAGUGGGUGAGGUGAUAGCAAAACGAGUGCCGUCGCGCUCGCACUUGGCCGUUCUAUUGACACUGCAGCGACUGGCAGGGAAUGUGCUUGCAAGCUGUCAGAACAAACAGCUUUCACUGAGCGUCGGUCACGCUCGCUUGCUUUUGUCUUGCUUGCGUGAAAGCUUCAUGUUUGCUCGCAAGGUCAACGAUUCAUCAUCAUUGCGGCGUCGUCUGCGACACACCGGGUGGCGGUACGGCAUGACGGUACCAUCCUCGAGUGAGCUUCCUAGUUUGUUGCCGCAGGAAGUGCUGGGUAAGCAGCAAUAUCUUCAUGUGCUGUUUGCGAUUCUCAAUCGAAGCGUUGAUGAUUGUGGAGACGUGCCUAUCCGAGUGGAAGAGGCUCGCGAGUACAUGGCGAGGUUGGUACAAGACUCAAUAGAAGAGUACCUGGUUUGGACAGGGUCAGCGCCGCAACAAGUACGUGAAGAUGGCUCGGUUCCUGCCGAUGCGAAACAAAGAGGGGAAAGCUAUGCGUCGCUUGUGGUUGCAAUUCUGGAGGAGCUGGUUGGGCUCGACAGCACAGAGCUUGAGCACCAUAUGCGAUGGUUGUAUCCUCUCUUGACAAGCCUGGUGAUGGUGCCGAAUAUCGAGGUGCGAGUGGCGCUCUCGAUUGUGUUCAACAAAGCAGUACGGCGACUGCUGCAGAUCACGUAA